GGUUACUGCAUGCAUUCAUACUAGAUGUAUUAUCAUGUUGCUUAUUUACAUAUAUACUCCCUCCAUCCCAAAAAAGCCAAUUUGUCUCACCUCAAAAAUGAAGCUGUAAUUAAAAGCGAAACUUACCCUGUAGUGUCAUUUGGGGGUUAUUAAAAAAAGAAAAGAAAAAACUUACCCCGUAGACUUACAGGCUGUAGUCACGUCUUUCAUUUUCUUGUUGUCUAACCUGUGUUCAUUACAUCUUUUACAUGUCUCUUUUCAUGCAUGUCUUACGAAAGUCUUCUGAUAUUGUUUCAAUAAUUCAGUGGGUCAACUUUUGCAAAGCUUUGCUGUUGGAAGCAACGUGGUAUCACAAAGGUCAUAUACCAACACUUGAAGAGUACCUUGAUAAUGGGUGUAUCUCAUCGUCAGGCCAUUUGCUUUCCUUACAUGUGAUUUUUGGUCUAACAAAUAAAAUAACAAAAGAAACUCUUGAUUUAUACGAAGAUUGCCAUGAAAUUAUUUACCACACUUCGGUUGUAAUUCGACUUUGCAAUGAUCAGGGUACCUUAGUGACGGAGCUAGAGAGAGGUGAUGUUGCUUCAUCAAUUUUAUGUUACAUGCAACAAGAAAAUGUAUCAGAGGAAGUAGCCCGAGAGCAUAUCGAAAGCAUAAUUUUGGAUUCGUGGAAAAAGAUCAAUUAUCAUUUUAAUACUCUUUCUACAUCACAUCGAAAACUUGUCAAGCAUGUAGUAAAUGAAGCAUGAAUGGCACAUGUCAUGUACCAAUUUGGAGAUGGAUUUGGUGUUCAAGAUGGUGGAACUCGAGAUCAAGUCCUCUUCAACUUGGUUCAUCCUAUUACAUAAUUUCUGUAAUAAUCUUGGCCUAUUCAUAUUCAUGAUGAUCAGACAUACUUGUAAUUUAUCAAGAGAAGAAUUACAAAUAAAAAUCAAUUAGCAUUUCUUUAAGAAAUACGUGA